AGCUGUCAUUGCUCUCCUUGUUGCCCUUUUGUUCCACCUCAGGGAAUCUAUCAUGACUUCUUCAGUGUUUCCCAUAUUUUUCAAGCUGAUAAGGGAUUCACCCUUGCAAAGCAAUGCUUUGCCAACUCCAAAGGACAUUUGUGUUGUGUCAUCUAUGGCUUUCGCUAUUGCCUCCACUGCACUGUCAAGCCUUCCAAUCAGGGAUAAACCUCAAAAACCAUUUCCAGGAAAAAUUACGACAUUCUUACCAGGAAGCACUCAUCUGAGAGCAACGAAAGGAGUGUCAAGUGUUUGUGAACCCCUUCCUCCUGAUAGACCAUUAUGGUUCCCUGGUAGCACACCUCCAGAGUGGCUCGAUGGCAGCCUUCCUGGAGAUUUUGGCUUCGACCCACUUGGAUUAGGAUCUGAUCCAGAAACACUUAAAUGGUUUGCACAAGCUGAGCUAAUGCAUGCCAGGUGGGCAAUGCUGGCUGUGGCAGGAAUACUCAUACCAGAAUGCCUUGAAAGGCUGGGUUUCAUUGAGAACUUCUCAUGGUAUGAUGCUGGUGCUCGAGAAUACUUUGCAGACCCUACAACCUUGUUUGUGGUGCAAAUGGCAUUGAUGGGUUGGGUUGAAGGCAGAAGGUGGGUUGAUAUGAUUAACCCAGGGAGUGUAGAUAUUCAAUUGAAAUUUCCUAACAAGAAGAACCCAACGCCGGACGUUGGUUACCCAGGUGGCUUGUGGUUUGACCCCAUGAUGUGGGGAAGAGGGUCCCCAGAGCCAGUGAUGGUGUUGAGGACUAAAGAGAUCAAGAAUGGGCGUCUUGCGAUGCUAGCAUUUGUUGGCUUCUGCUUCCAAGCUAUCUAUACCGGCGAAGGCCCAAUUGAGAACUUGAUGGCUCAUAUUGCAGACCCUGGUCACUGCAACGUUUUCUCGGCUUUCACAACACGUUGAUUUUCACUUAAGACUCGAGAAAUGGGAUUGCAGGGACGUGAUCCAAAACCUAGGUACAGCCAUCAUAUGGUCUCUGCAAAUUGUACUCUGUUUUCUCGUGUGCAUACCAAAUAAUUGUACAUAGCAGGACCAAAGAAAACAGCAAGAACUUGAGUCUUUUGACUCUAAUCAUUCCUAUGCUUUUUUAAUUUUACAGAAAAAUACUUUGCUUUCAUGGAAUUGCCUUAC